UACUUCCCUUACAUCAUGGUUUGAAUUUGCGGGAAAAUUAAUGUAAAAGUUUGAAAAUGGAUGAAUUUGAUGAACAGUUUGCCGAUGAGUUGGAGGCUUUGGGGGAACUUGAUCAAGAUCCCCCUUCUCCCAAGCCAAGAAGGUCUCUCAACUUCACCACACCAAAAAGCAAACUGGGAUCUUCCGAAGCUCUUGGGGGCAUUAACAGUCCUCUCAAGAAUGGGACAUUGCUGCUGAACUCGGGCCAGAAGAAGCGAGGCCGACAUUGUGACAGCCAGUCUGACAGUGACUUGGAGUAUGGUGAGGAAGAUUUGAAAGUCUCAGCUCCAGUCAAUAAGAAAUCUAAAGUGGACAUAAUUCCUGACGAGGAACUGUGGGAUGAUGAGCCAAAACAGUCUCCAAAAAUCAAGGGUCUUCAUGACCAUAAGGGAAGGUCAAAGGUCAUAUCUGCUGCUUGCCUUGACCUAGUUGAGGCGGAGCAAGAUUCUCCGGACCAUCGACUGAUGCAGAGGAUUAUUGAGCACAGGAGUAAACACGUGGGACGUGAACUAAAACUUGAUAACAAAGAUGCAGCUCAUGCCGACCGUCUACUGGAUGGUUAUGACUAUGAAAGGCCACGGGUUCACAGGAGAAUACCAGCAGGCACUGCCUUUCUGGCCACCACAGGCACAGAGGGUAACAGAGUAUACAUGAAAGUAAAGGACGACCUGCAGUACGAACAACAGUUUGGCAAUAUUGGGAAAACAAUGCAGAAGAGUAACCUGUUGUCUGUCCCCAUCAUUGCACUGAGAGAGCAACUGGAAGAGGAGAGGCGUGCCCAUCUCUUGGCAGAAUCACAGUCGCUCAGUGAAAACAUACACAGAGUGCUGGAUGAGGAUGACCAGGGAUUUCAGGACGAGGAGGGAGAGGGGGAUGAGGAACAUGCCCUGCCCCUCCCCCUGCCCCAGGGGCCACAGAAAUUGCUCUGGGUGGACAAGUACACGCCUGCGAGAUACACAGACCUGCUCAGUGAAGAGCACAUCAAUCGCAGCCUGCUACACUGGCUCAAGAUGUGGGACUAUGUGGUGUUCAACAAGGACCUGCCCUUGAAGAUCAAGGAGAAGAAGAAGGAGGAACCCAAGAAGUUCAAGAAGAAAAACCAGCCUGAAGUUCUGGACGAGCUCGAUAAACAUCUUAGGCCUUUACAGAAGGUGGCGCUGUUGUGUGGUCCUCCGGGGCUAGGGAAGACAACUUUAGCACACAUCAUUGCACGUCAUGCUGGCUACAACGUGAUUGAGAUGAACGCCAGUGAUGACCGUAGUGCCGAGGUGUUCAAGAACAAGAUCGAGUCCUCCACACAGAUGAAGGCGGUUCUGGGACCUGACCCUCGACCCAACUGCCUGGUUAUUGACGAGAUAGACGGGGCUCCAGAGGCUACCAUCAAUGUACUGUUAAAUGUGAUCAGAAAAACAGAUGCUCCAGAGGGCAAAGAAGUCAAGGAGGGGAAGAAAAAGAAGAAAGAGGAGGGGGGCAUUCUCCGGAGACCAAUUAUCUGUAUAUGUAACGACCAGUACGUGCCAGCCCUGAGACUGCUACGGCAGAAUGCUCUCAUCAUCAAUUUUCCCCAGACAGACCCUACAAAACUGGCUGCCAGGUUACAUGAGGUCAUACGUCUGGAGAACAUCAGGUCAGACAUGAACACCCUUCUGGCACUAUGUGAGAAAACAGACAAUGACAUCAGGUCUUGCUUAAAUACCCUGCAGUUCAUCAAGGGUAGGAGUAAGGAGCUGAGCCUGCGGAACAUCCAGUCUCUCACAGUGGGCCAGAAGGACUCCCACAAGAGCCUGUUUUCUGUAUGGUAUGAUGUGCUCACUCUGCCAAAACCAAAAAGACAAAAAUUUGUCAACGUACAUGAGUCCAAUACCAGAGACCUUGUGUUGAACACCUCCCAAUCAGCCAGGUUCAGCAACGUGUUGUCCCUUGUUCAGGGAGCUGGGGAGAACGAGAAAGUCACCCAGGGGCUCUUUGAGAACUACCUGGAGUGCAAAUUCAAAGACCCCUACAUGGAUGGGGUAUCCAUGGCAACAGACUGGCUGUGUUUCAACGACCAGCUGACGGAGUACAUACAGCACCAGCAGGACUACAGUCUGAUGCCGUACUUGUUCUACCUCUCCGUUGGCUUCCAUUUCCUGUUUGCGUCCAACACACCGCCCAAGAUACAGUAUCCACAUGCCAUGGCGGAUUGCCAUCAGCGACUGAAGAAAAGCGAGAAUCUUGUAACGGCAAUGCUUGCUGACAUCUCACCUGCUGUACGAAAGUACCUGAACCUGGCCGUUGUCAUAGGCGAUAUUCUGCCACCCCUUAUGGAUAUCAUUCAGCCGACAUUUAGACCCGUAAACACCCAGCUGUACAGUUCGAAGGAGAAGGAAGACUUGAGACACCUGGUGAGCACCAUGAUCUCCUACAACCUCACCUACAUUCAGGAGAAGUCCCUGGAAGGACAGUACAACUAUAUUCUAGAGCCGCAUGUUGAGGAGGCUGUAAGGUUCCCGGGUAUGCCCCAACAUAAGCAGCUGACCUACUCCUCCAAACAGCUCGUGGCCAGAGAGAUAGAGCUGGAGAAGAUGAGGAGAAGUGAGAUUGCCAGGGCACCAAAACCAGAACCGAAAGAAACCACAAAGAACACGCCAGGCAAGCCAGGAGUGCACGCGGCCUCAACAGAAGGGGAGAAAACUCCCGUGGUGCCCAGUCACCUUCAGAGGCUGACAGCUAAACCCCUCGGGAAGCAGGAGGAAGUGCCAGUGAAGGAUUUCUUUGGGCGAGUGUUGAAGUGCACGACACCUGAGGCCAAGGCUGCUGUGUCAGAUGAACCCAAGAAGACCAACGUGCUAGCCACCGAUAUUUGGUUCCACUUCCAGGGAGGCUACUCCAACGCCGUUCGGAGAAACGUGCGCGUGAAAGAGUUCUUCUGAUAUCGAUUAUUUUCCUUAGGUUUCUCAUGCUGAACGUUUAUAUUUAUUAGUCCCCUAUCGGUUGUACCGGAGGGGACUUAUGGUUUGCGCUCUGUGUGUCCGUCCGUCAGUCAGUCAGUCACACUUUUCUGGAUCCUGCAAUAACUUUAAAAGUUCUUAAUAUUUUUUCAUGAAACUUUUAACAUGGAUAGAUGGCAAUAAGGACAUUAUGCACGUCUUUUCAUUUUGUUCCUACGUCAAAAAUUCUGGUUGCUAUGGCAACAAAUAAAAAAUAUUUUUUUUUAUAUAUUUCUGACAAUGGUGGAGCCGGUAGGGGGCUUAUAUUGCUUGACAAUAGUCUUGUUAUUAAUAUUUUCAAAUCUGUUGUCUAUACAUGUAUGAUUUUUGAUACGACAUAAAGAAAUCUAUAAAACCUCUGGAUAUUGCUGGACCUUAUAACCUGUGUUUCAUGUCUCUAUGUCAAGGCUUUUACCAUUCCGAAGAAUAGAGAAAAAUCACC